CAAACCAAACUUUGUCCCACACCCAAAUCCCCUAAACAUUUUCGUUAUAUAAGGAAAAUUUUCUCGUUUUGGAACCUCAGUUUUUCAAACACUAGCACUUACCAAAAAAAAAAAAAAACAACAGAAGACCAGACAGAAACUCUGGUUUUGUUCCUGUGGUAACCCUAAAUAUAGCAUGAAAUAGAUCAAAGGAACCAAAAACAAGCUGGAGAAAGAAAAAAAAAAAGAAAAGAAAAAGAGAUCCCACAAGUUCAAUAUCCGAAAAUUUAGAUUAAAAAAAAAAACUGGUUUUGUUUCUUUGUUUUUCAUUUGUUAUACCUUUCUUCCUCUGUUUUUAGUUCUGUUGUUUUGCCUUUCGUAGCCAUCUUGUUUGAUUGUUGGGUUCUUUUAUAAACAUCGUUCAUCAAAGGAGUCUGAAGAUUGUUCAGUUUCAUCCAUUGUUGCCAAAACUAAGGGGAAAAGAAGCAAAAUCAACGUCAAAUUAUCCAAUGUCUCGCCGGAUAAUCGUAAGGACCCCGACCACCGGCUCCCGGCGGCAACCGCUACUGCAAAGCCGUUCCACGUCUUCUUCUCUUUCCAUGGUUGACGAUGGCAGUCGUUACAGCCGGAAUAGCAGCUCGAGGAAAAGUGCCAAGUUCGGGGAGCUUUGUGGGGGGACAGCAGCGGAGUGUGCGGCUGUUUGUUGUUGUUGUCCUUGUGGGAUAGCGAACCUUUUGGUUUUAGUGGUAUACAAGGUUCCCGCAGGACUAUGCCGCCGUGCACUCCGUCAGAAAAGGCGGAAGAAGUUGCAGAAAAAAGGGCUGUUUCAACCGAGAAACUAUGGGAGCCGAUAUGGGUGUGAAGAAAGGGAGUUGCGGAAUCAUCCCAUGGUAUGCGCCAAAGAAUUGAUGGUGGAGAUGGAGGUUUCUGAAGAAGCCGAUAAAGCAUUGUUCCAACUUGAAGAAGAGAUGUGGGAAAGGUUUCAUGGUACUGGGUUUUGGAGAAGUCCUUCACAGAGAGAAAGAGAUUCAUCCACCAUUAAUUAACUGUAAAUUUUUAAAAAAAAACAAAAAAAAAAAAGAACUGGGUUCUGGCCAUCGAUGAAGAAAUUGAAAAUUUUGGCCAGAGUUUGAAGCGAUGAACAUGGAUUUUUUUUUAAUUGACACGCUGAUAUAGAAAUUAAAAUGAUGGAGAAAUUCCAAGUUUAGUCAUUGUAGUAUAUUGAAUUUGAGAAUUUAGUCAAUGGUUAAAAAAUUUGUUGGUUAAGAA